AUGUCAUACAACAAUCUCUUGCCGGAGGUUGACUCGGACGCCCUCAAGGCUGGACGGGUAUUCGGGUACCCCGGCCGUAGCGACUUGUCGCAACUUCGAUGGCGACCUCCUCGAACGGGUUUGAAGACAUGCAGAAAUGUGGACCAACUCUUCCGGCCCGUCCGCUUGCAACCCAUUCAGCCUCAGCGUGUGAUCCGAUCAGUCCGGACCUCUUUAAUGCUCUUCAUCCUCUCCGGAACCUGUUGA